GCCGCUUGGUAUGUUUAAAAAAGGCGCUCACGGUCGCACUAAAAUAAUUCGAGUUUUUUUUGUUGGGGUAUUAAUUUUUGGAAGAUAAUUAAUGCUGCACUAGGCAAAAUAAGCUGUGGAUAGUCCCGAAAGGAGUGCCGGGGAUAGCGGCCAUGAAUUUCCCACUGGCGAAUGCCAACAAGGACACUUUGAGAGCCGCCUGCAAGAAGUGCGGCUAUGCCGGUCACCUGACCUACCAAUGCCGCAAUUUUCUCAAGGUGGACCCCAACAAGGAGAUCCUGCUGGAUGUGGAGAGCACCAGUUCGGACUCGGAGCUGGACUACCUCACGCCGCUCACGGAACUGAGAGCCCAGGAGCUGAAAGGAGGCACUGAAGUGCCACCGCCAGCGGUCCCCAAGGAUAAAAACAGGGAUAAGAGCCGGGACAAGCUCAAGGAGAGGGACAGGGAGAAGGAGAGGGACAAGGAACGCGGCCAGCAGGACAAGAAGAAAAGCAGCUCGAAAAGAAGCCACAAGGUGGCCAACAACGACAAGGACAAAAAGUCAUUGCGGCACAAGAAGAGCAAGAAAAAAAGCCGGAAGCACAAAAAGUCCAGCAGCGAGUUGGCCAAAACCAAAACCAAAACGGGCAAAAGACCCAGCAGCGGCAGCACCAGCAAAAAGUCAAAAAGACGCCGCUCCUCCUCGACCUCCAGCUCAUCCUCAUCGGAUUCCUCCUCCAGCUCGUCAUCCUCAUCGGAAGACUCCAGCGAUUCCUCAGAAUCCGAGUCCGAUUCCAGCGACAACGAGGAGUCGAGCACGAGUGAAUCGGAUGAGUAUGGACGGAAGAAAAAGCGUCAGGGCAAGUACAAGCGCAAAUCCACGGAUACGGCCAUGUUGCGCCGCAAGAAGUCCAAGGUGAAGCGAAAGCGCCAUCGCGCUGGGGGAUCUGGUGCUCCAACCGCCGGCAGCAGCUACCUGAGCAGCCUCAGCGACAGCAGCACCUACUGAAGGAUCAGGAUACACAGCUGCCUCCCAAAGCACUCGCUCCGUAAACUAGUUCGAUUUCCGUUUAGCCGUAAGGGGAGGAACUCCUGCCUGUUCCUCCUUCUUCCACACAGAGACUGCCUCCAGUUCCAGGCCCAAAACUUCCCACAAAACUCUUCCCCGGAAUACGAAAAGCAAACACUAAACCCUAGACUUGUCCUAGCCCUUAAGUUUCAGCAGGAUCUGCUGCAAAUACAACAAAUUAGUUUGUACAAGAGAA